AUGAGUUUAAAAAGACUGGAAGGAAUAAAUAAAUCUCCAGUUUUAAAUCACUUGAGCUCCUCAUAUCAAGGUCUUGCCACAAUCAGAUCGUUUAAUAGUCAAAAAAUUUUAAUUGAAGAAUUUGACAAUCAUCAAGAUGUUCAUUCAUCAGUUUGGUCUAUGUUCAUUAGAACUUCUGUAACAUAUGAUUUUUGGCUAGAUAAUUUGUGUUCAAUUUAUGCUUGUAUUGUCACUAUGAGCUUACUGAUAUUUGUAAGAAAUGAUGAAAUUGUUGAGAGCAGUAUUGGUCUUGUUACCACACAAAUUGUUGGGCUUAUAGGAUUCUUAGCAUUUACAAUGCAACAAAUUACUGAGCUUGGAAAUCAAAUGACAUCUGUAGAAAGAGUGUAUGAGUAUACAAAUCUAGAAAGUGAAUCACCACUAAAUAGUUUAACUGAUAAAAAACCAGAAGAAAAAUGGCCAGAAAAUGGUAAAAUUCAAUUUAAAAAUGUUUACAUGUCGUAUGAUCCAUCAGAGGCACCUGUUUUAAAAAAUCUUAAUUUUUCAAUCGAUGGAAACGAGAAAAUAGGAAUUGUCGGAAGAACUGGUGCUGGAAAAUCUUCAUUAAUAUCGGCUCUUUUUAGACUAGCUUAUCUUGAGGGUGAAAUAAAAAUUGAUGAAAUUGAAACAAAACAAAUUGGUCUUCAUGAUUUAAGAACGAAAAUAUCAAUUAUUCCACAAGAACCAUUUUUAAUCGCUGGUGUUUUAAGAAAAAAUUUAGAUCCAUUUGAUUUAUACGAAGAUCAUGUGCUUAGAUCUGCUCUAGAUGACGUUGAGCUCAAAGAAAUGGAUCUUCAGACAUAUAUCAACGAAAGAGGUAACAACUUGAGUGUUGGGCAGAGACAACUUGUUUGUCUAGCACGGGCAAUUAUAAAGAAUAAUAAAAUAUUGAUAUUAGACGAAGCCACUGCCAAUGUCGAUUCAAAAACAGAUGAACUUAUUCAAAAAACAAUUCGUAAAAAAUUUACAGACUGCACAGUAGUUACAAUUGCCCAUCGAUUAAAUACAGUCAUGGAUAGUGAUAAAAUACUUGUCAUGGAUGCUGGAAGAGUCGUUGAAUUUGAUCGUCCUCAGGUACUUCUUCAAAACUCACAUGGUGCUUUCACUAAUAUGAUCAAUCAAACUGGUGAAACUAUGGCUAAUUCACUGAGAAAUUUAGCUAGAGAUAAGCAUAUGGACUUUAACUAA